AUCGCGUGUCACAAAACAUUUGUGUACAUGUAUACAUCAAAAUUCAACAAAGGCAUGAUCGAUAUUCACACAAAAACGGGUGUCAAUUUUAAGUAUGCUUUUGUACAAAGUCUUUGUUAAUAUUGUAUUUCUAUUUAAUGGAGUUCAAUGUCUUUACAUGUGAAAAAGUAAGCGAACCAGAAACGUUCAAAUAUUUUCAACGCAGUAGGUUUGUUAAAAUUGUGUAUACUUCGAAGUGAAAAUAUUUUUCUAUUUGGAUAUAGGUUACGGAUGAAAUAGGAUAUAAAAUUAUUUUUUGAAACUUCGAAGGUUUUUGAUACAGGACAAAAUGUUUCAUUUGCAUCCCUGCUCAAUUCACGGAUAGGUUGUUCCAGCGGAACUGAGCUACAGAAGUGAAUAAGGGUCAACCUAGCUUAAAUCUCAAGAAAAUAUGUCAGAAAAGAAUGUCAUACCAGUAGGUGUAGACAUGAUAUCGGACAAAAUACAAGAAGGAAAUGACACUAACACACAGCUUUAAUAUAAAGUCGGCAACACUGUGGAACAAGGAAUUGUGCCUACGUCAGAAAAUAUGGACGAGGUGUCUCAGCGUAACCUGAUGAAUGGAAAACGCAUUAUAGUGGUUGGGGGUGGAAGUUAUAGACUGAGAAACAUAUGGCAGGAUGCAGCAAAAUCUGGAAUAGAGGUAAUUCUUGUGGAAGCAGAUAGUCAGCACAUUUCCAGAGAUCUUGUACCUCAUUUUAUCCACUACGAUUUCUCUGAUCAUAAAAUCGACGAUGUGCAUGCGGCCGAAAUCGUCAGUUUAAUACAUGGCCGCGGACUCAAGGCGGAUGGCUGUCUCUCCUUCGUAGACGAAUGUGCACCUUUGUCAGCUCUGGUUAAUGAAAAGUUGGGAACAAAAGGUCCAAGCUUCAAGGCAAUGAUGACAGCUAACUCGAAAACAAGAACACAAAAUGUUUUGAGCAUGCGCGGGGCAGAUAUUUCUCAAUGUCCUCGGACGGACAUUUAUUCUACAAAGCCCGUACAUCUGACGACAGAAAUGGACUGCGACAAAUUACCUGAAGGCUUUAGGUUUCCUGCAGUAUUGAAACUAGAUAAUGGCGCGUUUGCAAUUGGUGCGUGUGUUGUUGAAAACAGUGUUGAAUUAAGGAGGAAAUAUUGUGAGAUAACCAGUACACUUCGGAAUGAUUCGGACUUUCCCGGAAUUGGGCUAACUCAUGGCAAUUCGAUGAUGACAAUGGAGUUUUACGGCGGAACUGAGCAUAUAGUUGACGUUAUCAUAUACGACAGCAAGCUUGUUGCUGCUUUUAUCACAGACUGUGGUAUGGCAAGACGGCCGUAUUUUAUUGCAACAGCUAGGCGUAUGCCGUCAUUCCUUUCUUGGGACGAACAAACACGGCUUAUUGAAGCGGCCUAUAGAUGUUGUUUAAAGAUAGGAUUGUCCGAUGGUACAUUUAAUGUCGAGUUUAAAUUGACCGAGAAUGGACCGAAGCUACUGGAAAUCAAUUCGAGGAUGGGUGGAUAUUGCUUACGGGAUUGGUUGAGGAAAUUGUACGGUAUCGACAUCAUGUUAUACUCUUUGAUGAUUGCGGGUGGUAUUUCUCCCUACGUACGUACACCUCCUGUAGAUAAAAUCCUUAUUGGUGUUAUGGUCAUACCUUCAUUGCAUGCAAAAAUAUUAAAUGAAGAGCCUCUUAGAAACCUGCUGUAUAACAUGAUAGAGAAAGAGGAGAUUUUCUUUCUACAGUUUCGCAAACUUAGUCCGAUUUUGCCUACUUACGACAACCCUUUCGGCAAUAUUGCUGUUUCCGGUUCCACGUCACAAGAAGCAAAACAAAAGUUAAUGAAAGUUUGCAGAGAGCUGGACAUUGAUCAACCAGACUAUCAAGUGGAGCAGCUGAUCCAUCAUUUUUAGAUAAAAAGAUACAUGAUUAUCUUGUUUAGACUUUUUUAUAUUCGUGCAGUUCAGAAAGUAAACAGUCUUUUAUAACUAGACACCAGUAGAUUCUUGAGCAAAUGUAUGUUUAUCUUAGUGUCUGAAAUAUGUUCUAUUUUAAAGUUUAUUUCACAUAACGUUUUAUCUAACAAUGACCUUUGCGAAUCAUAUAGCAGAUUGUACCUUCAUAUCAUAAGUAUUGUUACAUAUUUGCAAGAAGGUACUUGUAUAUCUCCAAUUAUGAAAUAGAUACAUGUGACUUUGUAUUUUGUUCAAAUAUAAGACUUAGUUAAAAACCUCUCUCACAUACACUGUAUACAUGAUACGUAUGCUAUAUAAAUAUGUUCUUACCGAUAUAUUUAAAAGAUAACUCUAGUACGUAUAUUAGUAAUAAUAUAUACCCCGCUUAUAUUUUAUUAAAGGGUAACAUUAG